GUGCGUCCACACGCUGCCGCCGGGACGCGCCUGUCAUCUACUGGAGGAAACUCCUCCCUACAGACAGCGCGUCCCGUCGCCUUUCCAGCGCAAUGGUCUCCUGGAUCAUCUCUAGACUUGUGGUACUUGUGUUUGGUACACUCUAUCCUGCAUACUCCUCCUAUAAAGCCGUGAAGUCAAAAGAUGUAAAGGAAUAUGUGAAAUGGAUGAUGUACUGGAUCAUAUUUGCCCUAUUUACUGCUGUGGAAGUAUUUACAGAUAUGUUUAUUUGUUGGAUUCCUUUCUACUAUGAACUGAAGAUAGCCUUUGUGGUGUGGCUGCUGUCCCCUUACACCAAAGGCUCCAGUGUGCUAUACAGGAAGUUUGUUCAUCCCACGCUUUCCUCAAAAGAAAAGGAUAUUGACGAGUAUAUCUGCCAAGCGAAGGACAAAAGCUAUGACACACUGGUGCAUUUUGGGAGAAAAGGGCUGAAUGUUGCAGCCACAGCUGCAGUCAUGGCAGCAACAAAGAGCCAAGGGGUCCUGUCAGACAGACUGAGGAGUUUCAGCAUGCAGGAUCUGGCUUCCUAUCAGGAAGAGCCUGUUAACACAGCUCCCGGCACCAAGCAGCCUGCAGCAGCAGCAGCAGCGGCAGCAGCAGGACAGCAUCGGACCAGAUCUAUGAUGCGCAGCAAGUCAGAGAGCUACAACAAGGAAAAGGAUUUUGACAUGACUGACUAUGAGAUGCUGGGGCUGGACCAAUGGGACUCCAAGGGCUCGCUGUCACAGACCACUACACCUUCUGAGUCUGAGUACACUCCCAUUACGCCCUCACUGACACCCCAGUCCUCCCCGCCCUCCACGCCCUCUCCACCUCCUUUUCCUUCUUCAACUCCAGAGCAACCUUGGGAGGUGGGGAGAGGGGUGCAGGCGGGGUCAAGCUCUCCACAGCAUAGGCAGAUUAAGAGGAAGGCUCCAGAGGUACACCGCCUCACACACGGCUAUCUCAGCUGCUGCCUGACUCUAAAAGCCCCUUGAGAGUGGUGAUCUACUCACCCAUUUACUAAUAUCUACCACUAUGUCCCUAAACAAAUCAUCAUGGUUCAGAUGUGAUGCGACUGUAGAAAUUCUGACUGCCAUGAAGAUUUCUGCACUGAUUAAGCUGAAUCAUGUAUUAACUUAAGUAGUUAAUUGUUAGCUGAAUAUGUUUUGCAGCUUUGGUAUUUGCAGGUGCUCACGUGUUUGAAAAUGUGGCAUGGGAAAUGUCCGUAAUGGUUGACAUUUAGUACUGGAUUGCCUUUCAGUAUUUUUUCACCCCUGAUUAUAACGUCUAAUUAUGAUGUCAUGUGUUUGGAAAUGGUUCUGCAUUGUCCGCCCCCUGGAAUGAAUGGGAAUUCAUUAAUAUCAGUGUGUCUUUGUUAUUCUCAUUGUCAACAAAUCCAAAGGGGGAAAAAAUAUAAUUUUAUAUUUUAUAUUCACUGUUGAACUGGAUCAAAUUGAAUAUGAGCACUGUAUUUAACC